GCUCCGCGCCGUGUGGGAAAGACCCGGGCUCGGGGAGCGAGUGACUGUCUCUUUAAAUGCCAAGGGCUGCGCUCCCGCCCGGGGAGCUCGGAGCCGGAUCUACAAUCCUGUCCCUCCCGCUCCGGCGCUUGUUGCUCGCCGGGCCCGAGCGGGAACGGCCUCCGCCGGGCCGCGCGGCUCCCUCCUUCUCCUCGCUCCGAGAGCUGGGAGAGGGGGAGCAGCAGCCCCAGCUGGAGGGAGAAGGCGCGGUUCGAACAGUCAUUGCCCCCCUCUUUCGAGUCUUGGGGCGCUACGCAGCCGCGGGGGAAAGACAUGCGUCCGUCCCCCCAGUCCAUCCUCGCUGCUGCCCGCGUCAGGAAAGGGACUGCGGCGCCUACACCUGCAAACUCGCCGUAGAAGUCUCGGGGUGCGGCGGGGGCCCCUCCCGUUCCCGAGGGCCUCCAGCUCUGCGGGUGGCCCCAGCCCCUGUCCGGGAACCGGUGCCAAUGACCCUAGUGGUGGUUUCGCUUUCACCCUUCUCGGCGGUGUGAACUUACGUCCGCAGCGUGAUGGGCAACCAGGUGGAGAAGCUGACCCACCUCAGUUACAAGGAAGUUCCCACAGCCGACCCGACCGGCGUGGACCGGGACGACGGGCCCCGUAUUGGGGUCUCCUACAUCUUCUCCAACGACGACGAGGACGUGGAGCCGCAGCUGCCGCCCCAGUUACCGGAUGGCAGCGGCUUGCCCGAUGGCGGGGACGGGCAGCCGCCGCUUCCGCAGCCCUAUGACCCGCGGCUGCACGAAGUGGAGUGCUCAGUGUUCUACCGCGACGAGUGCAUCUACCAGAAGAGUUUCGCGCCGGGCUCGGCAGCGCUGAGCACCUACACGCCAGAAAACCUGCUCAACAAGUGCAAGCCUGGCGACCUGGUGGAAUUCGUGUCGCAGGCGCAGUAUCCGCACUGGGCCGUGUAUGUGGGCAACUUCCAGGUGGUGCACCUGCACCGUCUGGAAGUGAGCAACAGCUUCCUGACGGACGCGAGCCAGGGCCGGCGUGGCCGCGUGGUCAAUGAGCUGUACCGCUACAAGCCGCUGAGCCCCAGCGUGGUGGUGCGCAACGCGCUGGCGCACGUGGGCGCCAAGGAGCGCGAGCUGAGCUGGCGCAACUCAGAGAGCUUUGCUGCCUGGUGCCGCUACGGCAAGCGCGAGUUCAAGAUAGGCGGCGAGUUGCGCAUCGGCAAGCAGCCCUACCGUCUGCAGAUCCAGCUCUCGGCGCAGCGCAGCCACACGCUCGAGUUCCAGAGCCUGGAGGACCUGAUCAUGGAGAAACGGCGCAACGACCAGAUCGGGCGCGCAGCGGUGCUGCAGGAGCUUGCCUUGCACCUGCACCCAGCCGAGCCAGACGAGGGCGACAGCAACGCGGCGCGGACUACGCCGCUCCCCGGGUGCCCCCCUGCGCCGGCCUCCGAGGCAGAGGACAGAGGAAUAAAACUUUAGAGCUAUUUUGUAGUGUGAAUCACUGAUGCUCUUUGAAAGAAAGAAAUACCGAUUCUCACAUUCUUCAGAGGCCCUGGCAGUUAAAGAAAGCGGAAACCCCACUGGAACAUAUGCUAAACGAAACCAUACAAAUUCUAUUUUCUUACCUGAGCAAAUAUUUUAUUGAGACUGCUUAUGAACGUCAAAGGAGCCCACGAGUUCAGCUACACAACUUUUUGUAUCGAAAGAAGUCAUAUUUUCUGUAGGUUUUGUUCCACGUUUAAUUUAAAAUGACUUUGUAGCACUAACAGUUAGCAGAAGACUUUACUCUGGACCUUUAAAGAAAUUUUUAGUUUUUAUGGAAGAAAAAAUGAUACUUCAGUGGUUAAACUUCUCCUGUCUUUGGUGCUUCUGAGCCCACUCGCACCACCAGACGGUACCACUACCACACGGAAGCAUAUUUUUGGAAGCAAAACUUUAAUUUUAUAUGACAUACGUUAUGGAGAGCUAAGAAAAUUUAAGGACUCCUUGUUUUCUAUUUUUAAAGAAAAUGGAAUUCACUGUGUCAAAGACUCAAUAUUAUGUGCUUGUCUAGCCUUGUUUUUAAUAAAUUAAAAUGUAGUGUGAUCAUUAUCGAAUGGGUUCCUUUGGAAAGUUACAUUUUACUUGUGAAUUUCUAAAAGAAAUCAGGGUAACUGUAAACUUGACUGGUUUGUUCAACUUUAUGUUGUGUCGUUUUGUUCUUGUCUGUAAUGCUUUGACCUAUGGAGAGUUUCUUUGACUCACAGGAUAAAUGCCGCUUAACAUUUAUUUCACCAUGAAUUGCCCAAACUCUAUUUUUGUUGAAGGUUGUAUGUCAGAUCAAUGUUACGUUCUUAGUCCACUUCUUAAGGAGGAAGUUCUGAUUGAAGAUUGUAUCAUUUCCUUCAAAAUGAAGGGCCGUGCUUAGUUAAAUAAAAUAUUGAUAUCUUUUAAACUAUUUCUUCUUCACUGUAUGCCUUACUAAAAUAAAACCUGUCGGAUCCUUUUGGAAAACUUAUGAGGGUUUCCAAUAAACCACAAAGUUAACUAAAUUUAAAUUUUUCUACCUUUUUCUGCCAUUUUUGGGUCCAAAUUCAAGCUAUUCAAUGUAUUUUGCUUUCUCUGAAAAUACUAGUUGUGUAUCCUCUUUGCAUUACUUGGUAAACAUUUUGACAAAUUAGUUUAGUGGCUGAAAACCCUCCCUUAAUUUACUGUCUAAGAAUCACCCAUUGCUUCCGGGCUGUCUGUGUUCAUGAAAAACACCGUGAAUAUAAAUUUUCAGUACGCUUUGAUUUUCAGGACUUAACGCAGAAAUUGCUGGAGAUCACACUCACAUUUUGAAAUCUACGCAGGAAUUUUGGUAUCAAGAUGAGUAAGCCCUGUCGCAUCUUGGGUCGUUGCAGGGUUCCACACAAGUGGGGACCUGCUCACUACUUAAUUACAGCAAGUGGGUGAACGUGACAUGUGGCACUGUUGGUGUGAUUUGGGAUGCACCUGCCACCAACUGGUAAAGGAAUAGACGUGGCUCCUGGGACUGGGGCAUGGGAGAUCACCUGCGCUCCCCAGGCCUGUGCCUGAAGCCACUAUUACCCUGUGUGGUUUGAAAGCCUGGGCUUUGUCCACAGGCUUCUGUGAGAAUUUUAACUGGGAAGAGAGUUGAGUGCUAAAGGUUAAGGGGGCCCAGGUAGGAAUGAGACCAUUUGCCCCUAGAGUGAGAGUCUAAUUUAUCCUGGUUCUCACUGCACGCCCAAAGAGGAGAGGGGAGCCUAGUGGAGACUGUGCAUUUAAUUCUUGGGUGAAUUGGGUGGGAACUGCUGUUCCUGUUUCCUCUGAGUGGACUGAGCUUGCUUAAUGUAGGGAAAUGACAUGUUGGAAAGCGUUUUUAAAAACCUCCAAAAUGUACAGGCAGAGAAUAUGUGCUGAAGGGCUUUUAUUUCCUUUCGCUGAAUUUACCGGGAUAACUGCUGCUUAUUAAACAAAUACAGCAAUUGUAUCUGCAGAGGAGGUGCAAAAAUGGCUAGUGUCUGCCUUUGCAGUCAGCACAGGUGCUGAGCCCUAGCCUAGGCGCUGGAACGUGAAGAAGUCAAAACUAAACAAGAACGCUUUAGAGAUAGCCCUGCCUCUGAGCUUGUUUCUGGAGCCCUGGUGGCACAGUGGUUAAGGACUUAGCUUUGAACUGAAACGGCGGUAGUUCAAACCUACCCGCUGCGCUUCGGGAGAAUGACCUGGUGAUCCGCUCCCGUAAAGAUUACAGCCGAGAAAGCCCUAGGAGGCAGUUUUACUCUGUCCUGUAGGGUUGCUAUGAGUCAGAACCAGAAGACUGUGGAUCAGAUCAGUGGGUUUGGAGCUUGUUUCUCUGGGGAGAUUAAUUUCGCUCUUACAUAUUGGACAGAUUAUAGUAAAAUGCUGAUGUUUAGUAGGUGUUGAAGUAACGCAGAUGCGUGUAGGUUUAAUUGGUUUUUGAAAACCGGUCCGAUGGGAAUGUGAAGUGUGUACUCCCAUCGGAGAAAUCAAAUAAACAAGCAUGAAGUUACAAACGAUCCUGGAGAAAAGGUGUAACUAAUAUCCACUAAGUACUUAAUUGGGCGCCUCCUCAAUUCCCAGCCCCUAACAUACGUAGACAGGCCACAUCCACGGUUUCUGUCCUCACCGUAACGGCCGUUCUAAUGGGUAAUACAGGUAACUACUUACAAAAAAGGAAUUCACAGGCGAUGCUGAAUUCUGGUUGUCAUAGGUGCUAUGAAGGACGUGUACGGGGCUUGGGGGAGAGAGGACUUCUGUAUCCAGUGAGCCACAGAAGCCUUCCCUGAAAAAGUAGCAUUUAUGCUGAGACUUGAAGAGACUGAAGAAAAAGCCAGGUGCUGUGGAGAGGGCAAUGAUUAGAUUAAUUAAGGGAGGAAGGGUGAGGAGUGUGUGACUCAAUAGCAUUGUGAACCUUGAACCUAAAAACCAAACCUGUUGCCAUCGAGUCGAUUCCAACUCAUAGUGACCCUAUAGAACAGCACAGAACUGCCCCAUAGGGUUUCCAAGGCUGUAAUCUUUAUGGAAGCAGAUUGCCACAUCUUUUCUCCCUCAGAGCGGUUGGUGGGUUCAAACCAUCGACCUUUCGGUUAGCAGCUGAGUGCUUAAUCGCUGCGUCACCAAGGUGCCUUCUAAAACUGGUAUCCACUAAAUUGAUUUUACAACUUACUAAAUGGGAGAUCAGAGUUUCCAAAACACUCCUUGAGAGUCCUGAAGUGUGCCCAGGUUUCCUCCCCCUGGAUGGCAGGGCCGUUGGCUCUCCUUUCUUUCACAUCUCAUCAUAACUAUUAUGUUCCUUUGCUGUUUUAUCCCACCUUUUUAUUACAACACCUUGUUUAUUUCCUUUAUAACAAUUUUCCAAAAUUAUAAUUGCCUAAUUACUUGCUUUCUUGUACUUUAAUUGUAUGUCUCUCGCCCCACUAGAAUAUCAGUUUCACAAGGCCAAGGGCCUUGUUAGCUUUGAGCACCGCUGUAUACCUAGUGCUUAACACAGUACCUGGGACCUGGUGAGUGCUCAGUAGAUGCUUACGAAUGAAUGAAGGGAUGGCCAUGUUUUACACUCGGAGACUUUAUUUUCCCUCUCAAACAAUCCAGCACAUUCCAAAUGCCCUGCUGGUUUGAUCAUAGAAGAUGUUCCCAACUGAUCUUGGGAGACCAGAUCCUAGGCACGGGGUGCCCUCUCUUACUUACCAAAGAUUGCCAAAUCCCCUAAGAAUGAGAUGGGCAAAUAGCAGAGCUGUCAGACCUGAAGAUGCCUUAAGACACAGAGGCCUCCCCAAAAUUUUGGUUUAGGAUAGGAUGGAGUAGCACUGAGAAAUACUGAAUUUUCCUUUUCUUCCAUCUUGGAAACUGGGGGCUUGAAUUGUGAAUUCACUUGUUUAAAGGAAAUCACAUCAGGGAUAAAUCUUGCCAAUCUGAGUAUAGAAACAGCUGUGUACCUAUUACACAUCCAUCCAGUAGCCCUGGUGGCGCAACAGUUAAGCACUUAGCUGCUAAUCAAAAGGUUGGUGGUUCUAACCCACCCAGCAGCUCUGUGGGAGAAAGACCUAAUGAUAUGGUCCAGUGAAGACUAAAACCAAAGAAGGCAAAUCCGUUGCCAUUGAGUCGAUUCCGACUCAUAGCAACCCUAUAGACAGAGUAGAACUGCCCCAUAGGGUUACAAGGUUGUAAUCUUUGCAGAAGCAGCCUGCCAUAUCUUUUUCCCAUAGAGCAGCUGGUGGGUUUGAAACACUGACCUUUUGGUUAGCAGCUAAGUGCAUAACCACUGCACCACCAAGGUCCUCCAUAAAGAUUACAGCCUAGAACACCCUAUGAGGCAAUUCUAUUCCGUCAUAUGGAGUCACUGUGAGUUGAAAACUGACUCGGCACCCAACAGCAACACGUCCAUCCAGCCUGCUACCAUCUAAACCCUGGGAUUAUGCAGAUGAAUAAAACAGUGUUGGCCUGAGAUGUUGCCUAGUCUGACUUUGCGAGGGUUUAAAGGACGCAUGAAAACCUGUACCUAUUUUUGAAUUAGUAGUGAAGAAAAUUUUUAUGAAGAGAAUAAAUGUAUUAAAUCCUACUGUAUGCCUGGAUUUGAGCUGGUGCUUUUACUCAAAUUAAUUCAUGUGUGAAAUCCUAUUCUCAAUUUUCAAGUGAAAAACUGAGAUGUAGGGAUAUCUCAUGACUCACCCUGACGCCAGGGAGUUAGUAAAGGAGAAGAUCAUUCUGGAGUCUAGAACUUCUAACUCCAAAUCCCCUGUUUUCUUUAGGGAAAAUCUUUCAACUUGAUAACAGCUACAUGUUGUUGUUGUUUUGGGUGCUGUUGAGUCCAUUCCAACUCAUAGGGACCACACGUGACAGAGUAGAACUGCUUCAUAGGGCUGUCUAGGCUGUAAUCUGUGUGAGAACAGAUCAUCAGGUCUUUCUCCCAAGGAGCUCCUGGGGUCGGGGGGAAGGGUCAAACCACCAGCAUCUUGGUUAGCAGCCUAGCUCUUAAACUGUUGCACCACUGGGACUCCAUGUUUGAGCAAUGUGCAUUCUGAUAAAUUAACUUACUUAAUUGCGAAGGAUUCUCACUAUUUGAGAGAUGACAAAAUUUAAAGAGAGAGGUUUUAGAUGGCACUCUUGUGGUUACAAAGCCCUAAGUGGGACAGUGUUUUUCACACUGCAGUUCACGACCCCUUAUGGGGUCAAGAAAUCAAUGAGUAUGUCGUAAUCAUUUUUUUCUUGCUUACUUUGGACGUUAUCAGGAGGGACCAGUCCCUGGAGAAGGACAUCAUGCUUGGUAAAGUAGAGGGUCAGUGAAAAAGAAAAAGACCCUUAUUAUGGAUUGAAUCUUGUCCUCCAGAAAUAUGUGUUGUAAAUUCUAACCACUGUGCUUGUAGAUGUAAUCCCACUUGGGAAUAGGGUUUUCUUUAUUAUGUUAAUUAAAUCAUAUCAGUGUAGGAUGUUUCUUAAGCCAGUCACCUUCAAGAUACAAAAUGAGCAGAUUAGGCCCAGAGAAGCAAGCAGAGAUGAGGGAAGAUAGAUGUUAUGUCUCAUGAAGAACAACAAGGAAUCAAGGAACAGAAGCAGAAAAGAGACAAGGACCUUCCCCUAGAACUGACACAGAGAGAGCCUUCUCCUAGAGCCGGCACCCAAAAUUCAGACUUCUAGCCUCCUAAACUGUAAGAAAAUAAAACUCUAUUUGUUAAAGCCACUCACUUGUGCUAUUUCUGUUAUAGCAGCACUAGAUAACCAAGACAAUGCUCCACAAGAUGGAUAGACACAGUGGCUGCAACAGUGGGCUCAAACAUCAUGAAGAUGGCCCAGAACUGGGCAAUAUUCUAUUAAUCAAAAGGCUGCCAUGAGUUGCAGCUAAUUUGAUGGCAUCUAACAACGUAACAACAAACCACUUUUUUUUUGUAAUGAAAUAGAAAAAGAAAACGUCAGAGUGUAUCACAACUAUCUUUAGCAAGGAUCAUACUGGAUAAAACUUUUGUUAUGUUUUUACUUCAGCAUAUGUAGUAAGGGUACGUUUUUGUUUUUUUUUUAAAUGAUUUUUUUGUUUCCUUUACAAACACUGUGGAGUCCUGGGACAGGAUGUAGAAUGUAUCCUGUGGGCUGAGGUUAGAAAGACAGGGAGUUACUGCCCUAAAAGGUAAGCCCCACGAGAGCAGGGAUUUACACCUGUUUUGUUUCCCUCUAAAUCCCCAACACUUGUCACACGCUCAAUACACAUUUGCUGCUUAACAAGGCGGCUAGGGGCCAUGUCAUAUGGGCCUUUGGGUUCCACGGCAAAGAGUUUGAAUCUUAUUCUGAGAUGAAAGGCAUUGAAAGGUGUUAAGCCAAAGGUGUGACAUAAUCUGAUUUGUGAUUUUUAAAAGCUCACUCUAGUUCCUGUGUGGAGAAUGGAUUUGGAGGGGGGAAAGGGAAAAAUGAUUAUGGGGAACUUUUUUAUAUUAAUUUUUUCAUUGUUGAGAAUAUAUACUGCAAAGCAUAACACCAAUUCAACUGUCUCUGUGUUUACAAUUCAGUGACAUAUUCUUCCAGUCGUGCAACCAUUCUCACCUUCCUUUUUUAGUUCCUCCUCCAUUAACAUAAACUCACUGCCCCCUAAGCUUCCUGUCUUAUCUUUUGGGUUGCUAUUGUCCCUUCGAUCUAUGGGAGGUUUUUUAGGUAGCUUUGAAAUAGAUGAUGAUACCUUGGAAUAGGAUAAUGGCAGGCAAAUAGAGUUAUUUGAGGUGCAUUCUCUAGGUAGGCUUGCUGAUGGAUUGUGGCAUAGGAGCGAGGGACUCAGAAUGAAGAGGAUUCAAGAAUCAAGAAUUUUUUUUUUAUUAUGCUUUAAGUGAAAGUUUACAAAUCAAGUCAGUCUCUCAUACAAAAAUUUAUACACACCUUGCUAUAUACUCCUGAUUGCUUUGCCCCUAAUGAGACAGCACACUCCUUCCUCCCGCUCUCUCUUUUCAUGAACAUUCGGCCAGCUUCUGACCCCCUCCACGCUCCCAUCUCAUCUCCAGACAGGAGAUGCCAACAUAGUGUCAUGUGUCUACUUGAUCCAAUAAGCUCACUCUUCACCAGUAUCAUUUUCUUUCCCAUUGUCCAGUCCAAUCCCUGUCGGAAGAGUUGGCUUUGGGAAUGGUUCCUGUCUUGGGCUAACAGAAGAUCUGGGGACCAUGACCACUGGGGUCCUUCUAGUCUCAUUCAGACCAUUAAGUCUAGUCUUUUUAUGAGAAUUUGGGGUCUGCAUCCCACUGCUCUCCUGCUCACUUAGGGGUUCUCUGUUGUGUUCCCUGUCAGAGCAGUCAUCGGUUGUAGCUGGACACCAUCUAGUUCUUCUGGUCUCAGGCUGAUGUAGUCUCUGGUUUAUGUGGCCCUUUCUGUCUGCUGGGCUCAUAAUUACCUUGUGUCUUUGGUGUUCUUCAUUCUGCUUUGCUCCAGAUGGGUUGAGACCAAUUGAUGCAUCUUAGAUGGCCUCUUGCUAGCAUUUAAGACUCCAGAAGCCACUCUCCAAAGUGGGAUGCAGAAUGUUAUCUUAAUAGAUUUUAUUAUGCCAAUUCAUUUAGAUGUCCUCUGAAACCAUGGUCCCCAAACCUCCGCCCCUGCUACACUGGCCUUCUAAGCAUUCAGUUUAUUCAGGAAACUUCUUUGCUUUUGGUUUAGUCCAGUUGUGCUGACCUCUUCUGUAUUGUGUGUAGUCUUUCUCCUCCCCUAAAAUGUUUAUCUACUAUCUAAUUAGUGAAAACCCCUCUCCCUCAAUCCCUCCCCACCUCUUAACCAACAAAGAAUAUUUUUUUUUUGCUGUUUAAACUGUUUCUCAAGUUCUUAUAAUGGUGGUCUUAUACAAUAUUUGUCUUUUUGCAACUGACUAAUUUCACUCAGCAUAAUGCCUUUCAGAUUUCUCCAUCUGAUGAAAUGUUUCACAGAUUCAUCACUGUUGUUUAUCAAUGUGUAGUAUUCCAUUAUGUGAAUAUACCAUAAUUUAUUUAUCCAUUCAUCCAUUGAUGGGUACCUUGGUUGCUUCCAUCUUUUUGCUAUUGUAAACAGUGCUACAGUGAACAUGGGUGUGCGUAUAUCUGUUCAUGUAAAGGCUCUUAUUUCUCUAGGAUAUAUUCCAAGGAGUGGGAUUGCUGGAAUGUAUGGUAGCUCUACUUCUAGCUUUUUAAGGAGGUGCCAAAUAGAUUUCCAAAGUGGUUGUACCGUUUUACAUUCCCACCGGCAGUGUAUAAGUGUUCCAGUCUCUCCACAACCUCUCCAACGUAUAUUAUUUUGUGGUUUUUGGAUUAAUUAAUGCCAGCCUUGUUGGAGUGAGAUGGAAUCUCUUUGUAGCUUUGAUUUGCAUUUGUCUAAUGGCUAAUGAUCGUGAGCAUUUACUCACAUAUCUGUUAGCUACCUGAAUGUCUUCUUUAGUGAAGUGCCUGUUCAUAUCUUUUGCCCAUUUUUUAAUUGGGUUAUUUGUCUUGUUGUAGUUGAGUUUUUACAGUAUCAUAUAGAUUUUAGAGAUCAGGCACUGAUUGGAAAUGUCAUAGCUAAAACCUUUUUCCCAGUCCGUAGGUAAUCUUUUUACUCUUUUGGUGAAGUCUUUGGAUGAGCAUAGGUGUUUGAUUUUUAGGAGCUCCCAGUUAUCUGGUUUCUCUUCUGCAUUGUUAGUAAUGUUUUGUAUACUGUUUAUACCAUGUAUUAGGGAUCCUAGCAUUGUCCCUAUUUUUUCUUCCAUGAUCUUUAUCGUUUUAGAUUUUAUAUUUAUGUCUGUGAUCCAUUUUGAGUUAGUUUUUGUGCAUGGAGUGAGGUAUGGGUCUUGUUGCAUUUUUUUUGCAGAUAGAUAAUCCGGUUAUGCCAGCACCAUUUGUUAAAAAGACUGUCUUUUCCCCAUUUAACUGACUUUGGGCCUUUGUCAAAUAUCAGUUGCCCAUAUGUGGAUGGAUUUAUGUCUGGAUUCUCAAUUCUGUUCCAUUGGUCUGUGUAUCUGUUGUUGUACCAGUACCAGGCUGUUUUGACUACUGUGGCGGUAUAAUAGGUUCUAAAAUCAGGUAGAGUGAGGCAUCCCACUUUGUUCUUCCUUUUCAGUAAUGCUUUACUUAUUUGGGGGCUCUUUCCCUUCCAUAUGAAGUUGGUGAUUUGUUUCUCCACCUCAUUAAAAAAUGUCGUUGGAAUUUGGAUCAGAAUUGCAUUGUAUCUAUAGAUAGCUUUUGGUAGAAUAGACAUUUUAUAAUGUUAAGUCUGCCUAUCCAUAAGCAAGGUAUGUUUUUCCACUUAUAUAGGUCUCUUUUGGUUUCUUACGGUCGUGUCUUGUAGUUUUCUUCCUACAGGUCUUUAACAUCCCUGGUAAGAUUUAUUCCUAAGUAUUUUAUCUUCUUGGGGGCUAUUGUAAAUGGUAUUGAAUUGGUGAUUUCCUCUUCGAUGUUCUUUUUGUUGGUGUAGAGGAAUCCAACUGAUUUUUGUAUGUUUUAUCUUAUAUCCCGAUACUCUGCUGAACUCUUCUAUUAGUUUCAAUAGUUUUCUUGUGGAUUCCUUAGGGUUUUCUGUGUAAGAUCAUGUCAUCUACAAAUAAAGAUACUUUGACUUCUUCAUUACCAAUCUGGAUGCCCAGUGUUUCUUUACCUAGCCUAAUUGUCCUGGCUAGGACCUCCAGCACAAUGUUGAGUAAGAGUGGUGAUAAAGGGCAUCCUUGUCUGGUUCCUGAUCUCAAGGGGAAUGCUUUCAGACUCUCUCCAUUUAGGAUGAUGUUGGCUAUUGGCUUUGGAUAAAUUCUAUUUAUUAUGUUGAAGAAUUUUCCUGCUAUUCCUAUUUUGCUGAGAAUUUUUAUAAUGAAUGGGUGUUGAACUUUGUCAGAUGCCUUUUCUGCAUCGUUUGAUGAAAUCAUGUGAUUCUUGUCUUUUGUUUUAUUUAUGUGGUGGAUUGCAUUAAUUGUUUUUCUAAUGUUGAACCAUCCCUGGGUACCUGGUAUGAAUCCCACCUGGUCAUGGUGAAUUAUUUUUUUGAUAUGUUGUUGAAUUCUAUUGGCUAGAAUUUUGUUGAGGAUUUUUGCAUCUAUGUUCAUAAGGGAUAUAGGUCUAUAAUUUUCUUUUUUUGUGGUGUCUUUACCUGAUUUUGGUAUCAGGGAUAUGCUGGCUUCAUAGAGUGAGUUUGGGAGUAUUCUGUCCUUUUCUAUGCUGUGAAAUACCUUUAGUAGUAGUGGUGUUAACUCUUCUCUGAAAGUCUGGUAGAACUCUGCAGUGAAGCCAUCCUGGCCAGGGCUUUUUUUUGGUUGGGAGUUUUUUGAUUACCUUUUCAAUCUCUUCUUUUGUUAUGGGUCUAUUUAGUUGUUCUACCUCUGUUCAUGUUAGUUUAGGUAGGUAGUAUGUUUCUAGGACUUCAUCCAUUUCUCCUAAACCCAACCCAGUGCUGUCGAGUCAAUUCUGACUCACAGCGACCCUGUAGGACAGAGUAGAACUGCUCCAUAGAGUUUCCACUAGAUUUUCAAAUUUGUUAGGGUACAAUUUUUUCGUAGUAAUCUGAUAUGAUUCUUUUAAUUUCGGUUGCGUCUGUUGUAAUAUAGCCCAUCUCAUUUCUUAUUCAGGUUAUUUGUUUCCUCUUCUGUUUUUCUUUUCUCAGUUUGGCCAAUGGUUUGUCAAUUUUGUUAAUUUUUUCAAAGAACCAUCCUUUGGUCUUGUUAAUUCUUUCAAUUGGUUUUCUGUUUCAUUUAAUUCUGCUCUAAUUUUUAUUAUUUGCUUUCUUCUGGUGCCUGAGGGUUUCUUUUGUUGCUCUCUUUCUAUUUGUUCAAGUUGUACAGAUAAUUUUUUUUAUUUUGGCCCUUUCUUUUUGUAUGUGUGCAUUUAUUGAUAUAAAUUGACCUCUGAGCACUGCUUUCGCUGUGUCCCAAAGGUUCUGAUAGGAAGUGUUUUCAUUCUCAUUGGAUUCUCUGAAUUUCUUUAUUCCAUCCUUAAUGUCUUCUAUAACCCAGUCUUUUUUGAGCAGGGUAUUGUUCAGUUUCCAAGUGUUUGGUUUCUUUUUCCUGCUUUUUCUAUUAUUGAUUUCCACUUUUAUGGCCUUGUGGUCAGAGAAAAUGCUUUGUAAUAUUUCAGUGUUUUGGAUUCUGCUAAGGCUGGCUUUAUGACCUAAUAUGUGGUCUAUUCUAGAGAAUGUUCCAUAUGCACUAGAAAAGAAAGUAUAGUUGGCUGCUGUUGGGUGGAGUGUUCUGUAUGUGUCUAUGAGGUCAAGUUGGUUGAUUAUGGCAUUUAGAUCUUCCGUGACUUUAUUGAGCUUGUUUCUGGUUGUUCUGUCCUUCACCGAAAGUGGUGUAUUGAAGUCUCCUACCAUAAUUGUGGAGCUAUCUAUCUCAUUUUUCAAUGCUGUUAGAAUUUGUUUUAUGUAUCUUGCAGCCCUGUCACUGGGUACAUAAACAUUUAAUAUGGUUAUAUCCUCCUGGUCUAUUGCCCCUUUAAUUAUUAUAUAGUGUCCUUCCUUAUCCUUUGUGGAGGAUUUAACUUCAAAGUCUAUUUUGUCAGAAAUUAAUAUUGCCACUUUUGUUCUUUUUUGAUUGUUGUUUGCUUGAUAUAUAUUUUUUCCAUCCUUUGAGUUUUAGUUUGUUUGUGUCUCUAAAUCUAAGGUGUGUCUUUUGUAGGCGGCAUAUAGAUGGAUUGUGUUUUUUUAAUCCAUUAUGCCACUCCCUGACUCUUUACUGGUGCAUUCAGUCCAUUUACAUUCAGUGUAAUUAUGAAUCGGUGUGAGUUUAGUGCUGUCAUUUUGAUGUCUUUUUUUGUGUGUUGUUUUCUUUUUCCCACUUAAUUUUGUCUUUUCCUCUCAUUCAUUUUUGUUGAUUUUAUUUCUGCUGAGCUUUUUUUUUUUUUCUUGUGUUUUAUUUUGAUAAGUAGGAUAGUUAGUCUCCUUUGUGGUUACCUUAAUACUUACCCCUAUUUUUCUAAGUUUAAACAUAACCUUUAUUCCUUUAUAUUGCCUUGUCUUCCUCUCCAUUUGAAAGAUAUAUGACUAUAUUUCUUAGUCCCUCUUUAUUGUUUUAAUGUUGUCUUCUUUUACAUAAUAACAUUGCUGUUUCACUGUUUUGAGUGUUUUUUUAUCUUGAUUUAUUUUUGUAAUUGCUCUGUCCAGUGUUCUAGUCUUGGGUUGAUACUUGAUAUUACUGAGUUUCUAACCAAAAAACUCCCUUUAGCAUUUCUUGUAUUUUUGGUUUGGUUCUUAUGAAUUCUCUAAACUUCUGCUUAUCUGGAAAUGUCCUAAUUUCACCUUCAUAUGUGAGAGACAGUUUUUGCUGGAUAUAUGAUCCUUGUCUGGCAAUUUUUUUUCUUCAGUGCUUUAUAUAUGUCAUCCCAUUGCCUUCUUGCCUGCAUGGUUUGUGCUAAGUAGUCCGAGCUUAUUCUUAUUGACUCCCCUUUGUAGGUGACUUUUCAUUUAUCCCUAGCUGCUCUUAAAAUUCUCUGUUUAUCUUUGGUUUUGGCAAGUUUGAUUAUAAUAUGUCUUGGUGACUUUCUUUUAAAAUCUACCUUAUGUGGAGUUCAAUGAGCAUCUUGGAUACGUAUCUUCUCAUCUUUCACGAUACCAGGGAAGUUUUCUGCCAAAAAAUCUUCAACUAUUUUCUCUAUUUUCUGUUAUCCCUCCUUGUUCUGGUACUCCAAUCACUUGUAGGUUAUUUCUCUUGAUAGAGUCCCACAUGAUUCUUAAGGUUUCUUCAUUUUUUUAAUUCUUUUAUCUGAUUUUUCUUCAAAUAUAUUAGUGCCAAGAGCUUUAUCUUCAAGUUCACAAAUUAUGCCUUCCACUUGCUCAAUUCUGCUCCUCUGACUUUCUGUUGCGAUGUCUAAUUCUGUAAUUUUAUUGUAAAUCUUCUGAAUUUCUGACUGCUGUCUCUAUGGAUUCUUGUAGCUUAUUAAAUUUUUCGUUAUUUUCUUCAGUAACCUUUUUAAUUUCUUUACCUGUUUUUAUCUGUAUGUUUCUUGGCUUGUUCUGCAUAUUGCCUGAUGUCUUUCCUGAUGUCUUUAAGGGUUCUGUAUGUUAAUCUUUUGUAUUCUCCAUCCGGUAAUUCCAGGAAUGCACUUUCAUAUAGAAGAUCCCUUGAUUCUUUAUUUUGAGAGCUUGUUGAAGCGAUCAUGAUCUGUUUCUUUAUCUGAUUUGAUACUGUCUUUUCUCUCCAAGCCAUCUAUAAGUUAUUGUAUUAGUUUUUUUUUUUUAUGUUUGUUUACUGUAUCCUAGCUUCUUACUUUGUUUUGUUUUGAUAUGCCCAAAUGGGUUGCUUGAGUGAGCUAGCUUGAUUGUUUUUGCCUUUGAAGCGCGGACACCCUAUCACCAGGUGGUUAGAGCUGUUAUCAGAUAUAUCAGUCUAGGAGUCCAUUCACUUUUCUUGUAUGGAUUCAUCUCGGGUGUCCAGGUAGCUAGUCAUCAAGUGUGUGGUACAGUCUCUGUCCUGCAGUCUUAGAGGGGCAGGGGUGAUUGGUGCAGGUACCGGUAUGUGAUUGCUGCAGGGGGUCACACUCUGAACAAGGCAGGGGGCUGAGAAUCAUCCCCCAAGUGACUCCGAGGAAAGCAUGUCCCUCUUCCCUAGAGCAUACAGGGGGAUGGGUUCUGCAGACAGACCAUGGGCACCCAGUGCUUUGGGUUUUAAGGACCGGGAGGUACCAGUUAUCCUUGGACCCCUGUCAUGGGUGGCUGGGUGACCUUAGUGGAGCCACCAGUCCUUAGGCCCCUGAUGUAGGUAGGUGAAGACCCUGUUUAAUAAGCAAAGCGGUGUCAAUCAUCAAACACUGACCUCUUUGCCACACAGCUGAAACAGUUGCCGUCUGCCAACAAGGGCCUAUUCUCCUGAAAUAGGCCCACACAGGUCCAUGCAGGGGGGAAUGGUAUUCAAAGUCCAUGGACCAUUUAUGCCUGGAUGGGAGCCACUUCUGUCCUGAGCUCUCUGGCUUAGUGGAGCUGGCAAAUUAUCUUUUCCCCCAGCUGCAAAUUUAUUACUUCUCCAAGGCGAGAUAAUGGCUCUGGGUGCUCAACAGGGCCUAUCUCAGGCCCAGGGAAAUCCAGAAGUAACUGAGAGUAAUAGACAGUGUGCCUAUGGGAUGUGGUAAGGGGCAAGAGGAUAUUCUGGCCACCUUGGUCAUCACCAGCAGUAACAACAAUGCGCAUUUGUAAUAUGAUGCAUUUCCAAAGCACAUUUCACAGGUAUUACAUUUGAUCUUUGGCCCCUCUCUUUAAGGUAUAAUUACUCUCCUCUCCUUUAACUAACAGGUUUAGAAAUUGAGCUUCAGCAAAGGGGAAAUAAAAUAUUUAUGGAACACAUACUGUAUGUCAGAAUCCAUGCUCAGAGUCUGGCAAAUGGCAUUUCAUUUAAUCCUCAGCACAGCCUGGGAGGUUGCCACUGUGAUCGCCAUUUUACAGAUGAAGUGGUGACUUGCCAAAAAUCAGUUGAGCUGCUAAACGGACAAACCAUGAUUCAAUCCACAGUUAUUUGAUUCCUGGUCCCAUGGCACUUUCCACCACCCUACAGUCAUUUCUAGCAGUUACAGCCAUCCUUAUCCCCGAAGUCUUCUCUUCAUAUUUCUGCUGUGCUGCUGAAAGAUUGCAGUGGUGGAACAUGAGACAUAGAUCUUCUUCAGUGGCUCCUAUGCUAGCUACUACAAAAGAUGAGUUUAUGAGGGCAGCUGAGAGGGGUGACAGAGACCUAGGGGAAGACAGGAGCCAGUUGGCAAAGAACUUUUUUUUUCUUUAAAUUUUUUUAUUUGAACUUCAUUUCAAACUUGCAUGAAUAAGAAGAGUGUGAAGAGCCUGUGUCUACCCUUUAUGCAGACCCCUUGGUGUUAACAUUUGAUUCCUUUGUAAAGUGCAAGUAGGAUCAAUGUUUUUAGUGUCAUUCCUGCUCAAGGACUCUGCCUGCCUGGCAGCCUUUUUGUUCCUCAUUUGAACAGUCCUACAACCUGGUACUCCAAUCCAGCCUUUCCUACCGAUGAUCUCAACUUCCAUUUUGCAUUGUUGCCCAGGAUUUCCUUCUUUCUCACAUCGUGGUGAGAAGUCUGGCGCUGCCCCCAGUCUGUUUGAAUUCAGAUAACUGCCCCAACCACUUAUUAGCUGUUGAAACUUUUGGAGAUCCAGCUUCCUCAUCUGAAAAAUGGGCGUGGAAGUAGCAUCAUCUCUUAACCAAGUGUGAAGAUUAUGUGCAAUCGUGUGAGGAAGAGGUUAACCACAGUACCAAGCACAGAGUAGAUCCCCCUAGAAAUGCCUACUCACAUUGGAAAGGACUCAUUUUCAGCCUAUAGUCAUUUCUACAGAUGUACCAGUUGUUAAAAUAUCAAAACACCUCCAUUGUUCUCAGUGCUGUGAAAUUGGCUCCAGCUCAUUUUGACCUUGUGUAUAACAGAAAGAAAUGUUGCCCAGUCUGGUGCCAUAUUCGUUAUGGUUGGUAUGUUUCUGUCUAUUAUGCCAAUCCUUCUCAUCGAGGGUUCCCCCUCAUUUCACUGACCUUCUACCUUAUCAGACAUGAUGUCCUUUUCUAGAGAGUAGUCUUUCCUGAUGACGUGUCCAAAGUGAGCAAGCCAAAGUCUUGUCAUCCUUGCUUCUAAAAAGCAUUCUGAUUGUAUUUCUUCUGAGGCAGAUUUGUUUGUUCUUUUGGCAGUCCAUGGUAUAUUCAAUAUUCUUUGCCAACACCACAGUUCAAACAUAUCCGUUCUUCUUCUGUCUUCCUUUUUCACUAUCCACCUUUCACAUGCAUAUGAGAAGAUUGAAAAGACCAUGGGUUGAGUCGGGCCGACCUUAGUCAUACCAGUUGGUAUAUAGCUACCCUCCCCACCACCAUAGCCUGCCCAUCUUCCUGGCCACCUGGCAUUUCCUUUAGGACCUCUGUGGGUACCCACACAAACUAACUUAACAGAUACCCUCUUGCAGCUCUAGGUAAAGCAUUUUGAUUGGUUGAUCACUGAUGGAAAAUAUUAAUAUCCUGGCUGAACAUUAGCUCAUCAAAACAUUCAAUCCCAUUACUAUCGAGCGACCCUAUAGGACAGAGUAGAACUACCCUAUGGGGUUUCCAAGGAGCAGCUGGUGGAUUCGAACUGUUAAGCUUUUGGUUAGCAGCCAUAGUUCUCAACCACUGCACUCCUGAAUAUUAACUAAGUGCCUGUAAAUACUAUCGCCUCCAUUUACCAAUGAGGAAGGAAGGAAGUCCGUGGAGGGAACUGCCCAAGGUCACACAGCUAAUAAUGACUUAAACCUGGGACUGUUCAAUUUCCAAAACCACUUCCAAUCUCCUUGUUUACAAGUCUGGCCCAGCCACUGGUGACCUUGUGACUUGUGUCCUCUCAAAGGGGGAACAGACCAAGUAUAGAAGGACCCAGCUGGUCCCCUACCUAUCCAGGCAUAGGAAAGUGCCUUUGUAGGGAAAUUUUCCCUGUCUCUUUGGGGCAAAUAAUGAAGUCCAGUAGUCAAUUUUAGGCGAGAGAUCAAACUCAACUCAUUAAUGAUUCACAAAGUUGAUAACUCUACUCUGCUCUUAAAUUGUUAAACCAGUCGAGACAAGCCAGAACUACAGAGCUGGUAAAACAAACUUUUUUGCGAAUAACUUUUUGAAACAGAAGUAUAUAAAUAUUUUUACAGAGAAAACGUGGGCCAAUGAAAGCAAAGCCAUGCAGGGAAAGGAACUUGGCCUUGGGAGUGGAAUAGACUCCGCUUAUGAGCUUUUGCUAUUGGGCAAGUCAAUCAGUAAUCUCGGUUUCAUCAUUUGGGAAAUGGGAGUAACAGUAAGUUCCUUGAAGAGUUCAUUUGGAAUCAGAUACAAUGGGUGAACAGGCCUGAGCUCAGUGCCUAGCGCCAGGAGUGAGAAUCAAAAUAUUUACUGACCUGGACUACAGGACACUGAACAAAUCAGGGUCACUGUGAGCAGCAUUCCAGAGGCCCCAGUGAGCCAGGAGUUAACCCUUAACUUGCUGAAUCAUGGGGGCAAGGGUUCGACUAUUUACCAACCAGUAUGGAAAUAGCUGCUAUGCCCACGUGGCCUGACAGUGAGCAGCCCGGCCUGGCAGCUGGAAGGCGCUCAAACGUCAUAAGGGCUAUUCUUCAUUAUGUGAGAAACGAGGGAAGAAUAAGAGAGAGCUGACUUAUAGUGACCCUAUAUAUAGGACAGAGUAGAAUGGCCCCAUAGGACUUCCAAGGAGUGGCUGGUGGAUUCAAACUGCCGACCUUUUGGUUAGCAGCCAAAUGCUUAACCACCGUGCCACCAGGGCCCUAAUUAUUUGGGAGCUGAUUCCCUUCCAAUGGAGUCCCUGGGUAGUGUGAAUGGUGUAAGCGCUUGGCUGCUAAAAACCAAAAGGUUGGAGGUUUGAGUCUACCCUCACAUGCCUCAGAAGAAAGGCCUGGUUAUCUACUUCCAAAAAAUCAGCCAUUGAAAACCCUGCGGAGCACAGUCCUACUCUGACACACACAGGGUGGCUAUGAGUUGGAAUCAACUCUGUGGCAAUUGGUUAGUUUUCCAUUGUCAAUAAUACAGAAAGGUAUAAAGGGAAAGUAAAAGCCCCUCUCCCUUCUGCUUUCCAUCCUCACUCCCCAAAGAUAACCAUUAGUAAAAGCCUUGCUUCUUUCCUUCACAUAACUUGUUCACAUAACUUGUGAGGGCCUAUAUGCUCUACUGCUUCUUGGCUAGAAGAGUCUGGAGCAUAGUAGGCACUCAAAAAAAAAAAAAUGU